AUGUCUUUUCAUUCUGUAUUUCUGGUUUUAUUAGCUGGCCUGGCACUUUGCUCCGAAGCUGCGCCACCGUACCCUUUUGAUGCCAAGCAUCCUCUUUUUGUAAAAGUUGUGGAUUCAGUCCGAGGAAGUCCAGCUUCAAACAUUCCAGUUAAAUUGUAUAAAGAAUCGGCAGAUGGAUCUUGGGAACUCUUAAGUUCAAAACAAACCAAUGACAAAGGAGGCCUCCCAGAGCUUACAACUAAAGAACAAUUUGUAGCAGGGUUAUACAAGCUUGAGCUUGAUACAGCCUCUUACUGGAAGAGUCUGGGCUUGAAUCCCUUCCACCACCAUGUUGAUGUGGUGUUCGCAGCUAAUGAUGCUGGUAAUCGGCAUUACAAGAUUGUUGUUGUCCUUAGUCCCUUCUCUUACUCAACUACAGCAGUAGUUAGUGAGCCAGUGGAAUAG